AUGCCACCAACACUUCUAGUUCUAACCACCUUGAAACGAAUGCAAGCCCAUGUUCUUGUCAUGGAAUUAGUUGCAACAAAGCUGGAAGAUGCAAAUGAACUAUAUGGCAUCAUCCCACCUCAAAUUGGUCAGCUUUUCGAGCUCAUCUAUCUUGAUUUGCAAACUAAUCAGUUGUCUGGAAAAAUCCCACCAGAAAUUGGCCUUUUAACAAAUCUUCAAAAAUUGCACCUUGAUGAAAAUCAGUUAAAUGGCUCAAUUCCAAUAGAAAUGUGUCAACAAAGGUCGCUUGAAGAGCUUACAUUGUAUAGCAACCAUCUAGACGAUUCAAUUCCUUCUUGCUUGGGUAAUUUAACUAACCUUACUUGGUUGUCUCUUUGUAAUAAUUCACUUUCUGGUUCCAUUCCUCAAGAAAUUGGAAAGCUUUCCAAUUUGGUUGAACUUUACUUGGACACCAAUUGCCUAGAGGGUUCCAUCCCUUCCACUUUAGGCUACUUAGAACAGCUCACCAUGUUAUACAUGUUCAAUAAUCAGCUUUCUGGUCUCAUCCCUCAAGAAAUCGAGAAUUUGAUGUCUCUAGAGCAUCUGAGCCUUAAAACAAACAAUCUUUCUAGUCCAAUUCCAGCAUCACUAGGUUGUCUAAGAAACAUUACUUCAUCUCUACCAAAAUCAACUUUUUGGCUCCAUUCCUGA